AUGAAUCAUAAUGAGGGCGUUCGCUUCAAUGACUAUUCCAGCAAAAGUCAUUUUUCACUUCACGGUCCUCCAAUUGCCUUGGAACGAUUUAAGAUCUACGAAUUUUCAGCUUUACUGAAGAAAAAACAAGACAAUUUCAAAGAUUUUCUAAUCAAAACUUUAUUUGCUAUGGGAAAUAGUGUGGGAUGUUUGACUCGUAAAUCCCUUAAAGUCGAUCCAACGACUCAGCAAGAUAGCAUCUAUGAAUGGCAAAAGCAUCACGAAAUUUUGCGAAAGAGCUGGGAAUUAAUAUGUCAACAAAAGACGGAUAAUGGCGUUUCAGUUUUUAUCAAGUAA